AUCGCUGUCGAUGUGCGGUGAUCCGGACCAGACUGAGUCCAUGUAUGUAAGCUAGCCUAGCGUCACCAACAGCCCAACGCCCGCGAAACACGCUCAUUUUCACACGGGUCCAUCCACCGUAAACUCUCGCAGAGGCGUUUUCCUCAUCUUCCGCUCGAUAACAGCCGGUCUUGAAGCUGAAGGUCAAGGUGGAGGCAGUUAUUUGAUGUGAAAGGGUGUAGAUCUGUGCGCCUACACAGAGAGAGAGAGCGCGAGAGACUCCAGACAUACAAGAUGGAGUGCCAGUGGAAACCCGACGAGCAGGGACUUCAGCAGAUAUUACAGCUGCUCAAGGAAUCACAGUCCCCGGACACAUCUACGCAACGAUCCGUCCAACAAAAACUUGAGCAGCUCAAUCAAUACCCGGACUUCAACAACUACCUAAUAUUUGUGCUCACAAAGCUAAAGACAGAAGAUGAGCCUACUCGCUCUCUCAGUGGUCUCAUUUUGAAGAACAAUGUUAAGGCCCAUUACCAGAACUUCCCAAACGGCGUGUCUGACUUCAUCAAAAAUGAGUGUCUGCAGAACAUUGGAGACUCUUCACCGCUCAUUAGAGCCACAGUGGGUAUUCUGAUCACAACUAUAGCCUCUAAAGGGGAGUUACAGAAUUGGCCGGAGCUUCUACCUAAACUCUGUUUACUGCUGGACUCAGAGGACUAUAACACUUGUGAAGGGGCUUUUGGAGCUCUGCAAAAGAUCUGUGAGGACUCUGCAGAGAUCCUGGACAGUGACAUGCUGGAUCGCCCGCUCAACGUGAUGAUCCCUAAGUUUCUGCAGUUUUUCAAGCACAGUAGCCCCAAGAUCAGGUCUCACGCCAUUGCCUGUGUCAACCAGUUCAUCAUCAGCAGAACACAGGCCCUAAUGCUGCACAUAGAUCCUUUCAUUGAGAACCUGUUUGCACUGGCAGGUGAUGAGGAGCCAGAAGUGAGGAAAAACGUGUGCAGAGCUUUAGUCAUGCUUUUGGAAGUCCGACUAGACCGUCUCCUUCCUCACAUGCACAACAUCAUCGAGUACAUGUUGCAGAGGACACAGGAUCAAGAUGAGAAUGUUGCUUUGGAGGCUUGUGAGUUUUGGCUUACACUAGCUGAGCAACCCGUGUGUAAGGAGGUUCUGUGUGGACACCUGCCUAAAUUGACACCAGUUCUUGUGAAUGGAAUGAAAUACUCUGAAAUUGACAUAAUCCUGUUGAAGGGUGAUGUUGAAGAGGAUGAAGCAAUCCCAGACAAUGAGCAGGACAUUCGCCCAAGGUUCCAUCGUUCACGCACCGUUGCCCAACAACACGAGGGAGGAGACUCCAUUGAGGACGAGGAGGAUGACGACGAUGAUUUGGAUGACGAUGAAACAAUUUCAGACUGGAACUUGAGGAAAUGUUCUGCAGCUGCACUGGAUGUCCUGGCGAAUGUUUUCAGAGAUGAUUUGCUGUUGCAUAUUCUUCCUCUACUGAAAGAACUACUGUUCCAUCCAGAGUGGCUUAUUAAAGAGUCGGGCAUACUUGUACUGGGAGCCAUUGCUGAAGGCUGUAUGCAAGGGAUGAUCCCCUACUUGCCAGAGUUGAUUCCUCAUCUGGUACAGUGUCUGUCUGAUAAGAAGGCGCUGGUUCGGUCCAUCACUUGCUGGACUCUGAGCCGCUAUGCACACUGGGUUGUUAGCCAGCCCCCCGACACCUACCUCAAACCGCUCAUGACUGAACUGCUCAAACGGAUACUUGACAGCAACAAACGCGUCCAGGAGGCUGCCUGCAGUGCCUUUGCUACCCUUGAAGAGGAGGCUUGCACUGAGCUGGUGCCGUACCUUGCUUAUAUUUUGGACACGUUGGUCUUUGCUUUCAGUAAAUACCAGCACAAGAACCUACUCAUUCUCUAUGAUGCCAUUGGGACUUUGGCUGACUCUGUGGGCCACCAUCUCAACAAACCAGAAUAUAUACAGAUGCUGAUGCCUCCAUUGAUACAAAAAUGGAACCAGCUAAAAGAUGAAGAUAAAGAUCUCUUUCCCUUACUGGAGUGUCUCUCGUCUGUGGCCACGGCCCUUCAGAGUGGCUUCCUGCCAUACUGUGAGCCUGUCUACCAACGCUGUGUCAACCUGGUCCAGAAAACACUCGCCCAGGCUGUGCUCCACCAGACGCAGCCUGAGUUUUAUGAAGCUCCUGAUAAAGAUUUCAUGAUUGUGGCUCUGGACCUGCUCAGCGGAUUAGCAGAGGGUCUCGGUGGGAACAUUGAACAGCUUGUUGCCCGUAGCAACAUUCUCACUCUCAUGUACCAGUGCAUGCAGGAUAAAAUGCCAGAGGUUCGACAGAGUUCUUUUGCCCUGUUGGGAGAUUUGACCAAAGCCUGUUUCCAGCAUGUCAAACCUUGCAUUGCUAACUUCAUGCCUAUCUUAGGCACCAACCUGAACCCAGAAUUGAUAUCAGUCUGCAACAAUGCAACAUGGGCCAUUGGAGAAAUAUCGAUUCAGAUGGGUUCUGAGAUGCAGCCGUAUGUCCCGAUGGUUUUACAGCAGCUUGUGGAGAUCAUAAACAGACCCAACACACCCAAGACUCUGCUGGAGAAUACAGCAAUAACAAUUGGUCGUCUUGGUUACGUUUGUCCUCAAGAGGUGGCACCCAUGCUACAGCAGUUUAUAAGACCCUGGUGCACCUCUCUUCGCAAUAUAAGAGACAAUGAAGAAAAAGACUCUGCGUUCAGAGGAAUCUGCACCAUGAUCACAGUCAACCCUGGUGGUGUGGUGCAGGACUUUAUAUUUUUCUGUGAUGCUGUAGCAUCCUGGAUGAACCCAAAAGACGAUCUUCGAGAAAUGUUCUAUAAGAUCUUGCAUGGGUUUAAGAACCAGGUUGGAGAUGAAAAUUGGAGACGCUUUUCUGACCAGUUUCCCCUUCCACUCAAAGAGAGACUUGCAGCCUUUUAUGGGGUGUAGAUGUUACCUGAUUGAAGAGCUUAUUGACUGUGGGAGAGGAUGGGAACCUCUGAUACCCGGGGCAUAUGUUGCCCUUUUCCUGGGGGGAAGGGUGGUCUAGCAGGGGAGGGAGCCAUACGGCCCAAUGGACCCCUGUAGACGGGGUGGGAGGGAAGUGUUAGCUAAGGCGCUAGUUGACGACACCUCGCCAAGCCAAACCAAAAUAGGGAGGAAAGCUUUUUCAUCAUGUCAUAACAAUCAACCAUGAGGGUGAAAACAAAAUACGUUGUUAGCGUUCAUUCACCAGGGCACUUAAUGUAACGGGACAUCCAGGGGUUUAAAAAAAAAACAAAAAAAAACAAUGACACAAAGAUAUGUGUAAACUCUGUAUUGUUGCACUCCUGACAUAGGAAAGUGCCUGGAGGCAAGCUCUGAAAAAACAGAGUUUUGUUUAUUUUCUGGACUGUAUCAUUUAGAGGGGUGGGUAUGAUGUAAAUCUCAACUGGACUCUAAGCAUAAGUCCCUAUGCAUGGGGUGAUGUAGGGUAUAGCUCGACUGCAUGAAAGUGUGCAGACUGUAUUUUGUGUGCCAGCAAUGCACAGCAGUAGACGGUAAACAGACGGUAAAUGCUAAAAGCGUACCAUAUUUUAGACGCUCCGUCUAAAAGGUAACACAACGUAACUAGAAAUGUAAGUCCUCUCAUAUCAUUGAUAGUGAAAGGGUUUUCAUCUUUGAACAUUCUUAGAUUGUCAGUGAUGCGAAGAUAAAGGAAGAAAACCGGAAUGACUGCAUAACUUUAUUUAUUUUUUUUUCUAAAUUUGUCUUGGUAAAUUCCGUUAGCAUGCGCAAAGCGAGAGGGAAGACUCCGUAUUAACACAGUGAGGAUGUUUGAACGGUUCAAACAUCUGAUUCACCGCUCUGUACGAGGCUUUAAUAUUCCACAGUCUCACUUUCCAGCGUGGCGUGACAUGGAUCCAAACUAGUGAACCUUAAACACACAUUUUGUUCGUUUUUGAGACAUCUGCAAUUUCUUUUUGCUUAGUUUGCUCAGAGCAUGAUUUUGAAGAUGCUUGUAAUAUCUGUUUCGACUGAUCGGGUUAAUCUGGAUGUUUAGUUGUUUGAUUUGUGCAUGUUGGUGGCCCAAUGAGCAAUCUGUUUUUCUAGCCCCCCCUCAUAAAGACUAGUUUUAAUAAUGUGUUUUUUUUUCCACACAUACGCAAUAGGUGACGUCUUUUCCAUCCACAUGCUUUUGUGACUUUUUUUUUAGUUUCGUUACCUCGUGCAUGAAGUUUAAAAAACGUCCCACGUUGUGUUGUGUAUAAUCCUGGACAGUACAGUGCUUGUGGAGGCAGUAUUUGUGUCCCUCAUGUGAAUAGUUGCAAGCCUUAAAAUGUCUGAAUGUAUCCCUGAGUGUGAGGAUUUAGGUAUUAAAAACUUUGUGCUUAAAAGUUGCUGCCACUUUAGUCUCAGACAGACAAGACUGAUGUUCGUACUCCUCUGGAGGCCCGUGAAAUGGUUCUUUUUACCAGCUGAGAGUCAGACUUUUAAGGAUGUAAGCAGAGAAAUGUUUUAUCAUUUUAGAUCUGAACACCAUGGGAUACUGUCAGGUGUUUCUGAGUCUGUGUUGUGCUGGUGUGUUUCUGCAAAGUGUUUUUAUUUUCUUCCGUUUGUCUGUCACAUUCCAGCUGUUUUACAUUUGUAACUGAUAAGGGGUCGGAGAUUCUUCUGACUGAAAAAAAAAAAAAAAUGAAAAGAACAAACAAAGAAACGAGAUGUAGGGAGAUAUUAUGAAUGUUAAGUGUGUCGUCUUACACUUAUGAAUGCUGCUAUGUGUUGUAAUUUUCUACUUGAAUAUUUUAUUUUGUAGAGACCUCAGGAGGUAUGUUUACUGUUUUUUUUUUGUUUUUUUGCUGUUUUUAUUAAUGUAUGCCUUUCUCUGCUGUUCAUUCUCCCGUGUUUCAUAAUAAUAAUAAUAGAGCAAUUCACUCUAAUCCAUUUUGCUGCUGGUGAAUAUCCUUUCUAACUGGCGUAUUUUUGUCACUCUGUCUCCUCGUAAAGGAAUGUAAACCAUUUUUUUUUUAAUUAGAGGAGAUAUAAUAUCAGUUAGUAGACACUCAUAAAGUUUCUUGUGGGGAUAAUAUGGAAGAAACUGGCCCUUAUGUAUGUGAACACUUGUUAUUUAUGAAAUAUAAAUGCAGUAUAUACUGUAACGCCUUGAAGUUAAACUUGAGUUUUUUGGGGGGUGGGUGUAUAAAUAUGGCCAUGAGACUUGGAGAUUGCACAGUAAUGAAUCUAAUGGUUUUACUUUUUUUUUUCUCUCGUUUUGUUUUUGUGAAGUACAAAAUGUAAGAAACUAAAUGUUGUGUCCCCACCCUAAACUGCACCAACUGCUGUAUAGUUAUAUGUGUGGAAAUUAAGAAAAUGUAAUAAUGAAGGAAACCUUUGCUCAAAAGCUCCCUUUUUCUGGUCCGAGAGCAAUUUCAUUUAUAGUGACUUUUGACUUUUAUUUUAUAAUCUGAUUUUGAAGAAAGUUUAAAAUAUAGAAAGUAAUCAUUUUUAGGGGCCACCAAAUAUUUUGGAUCAUGCAAAGAAUAUAUAUUGUACUGUAGAAAUUUUGUAAUGAUAUUUGUAUGACAUUGUUAUGGACGUGAGUUUGUUUCACUGCUUGGAUCUGUACAUUGAUAAGAAUAAACCCUUUUCAAAAAUUA